AUGGUUGCCAACUUGCAACCGGUCGGCUUCGGGUUCAACAAGAUAGAGGAGGCCGAACCCGAUAAAAUCGGCGACCUAUCUACAGAAGUGAAGCAAGACACACCAACCGCAGAAUCUAGUAAAGGCAAGGGUCGGCCGACAAAGAAAGCUCCGAGUAAACAAGUCAAGACCUCAAAGAUCAAGAAACAGCCCCGUCAGUCGGGCCGAUCACUGCGAAAGCAAGGCCGAACAAGUCUCAAAGAGGACUCGGACGAAUCCGACGACGAUGACCUCCGACUGUCCGAAGAGGAUAGUGAAGACAAUUUUUCUGUCGAGGUACCCCCACUGACACCCACCAAGGACAGCAAUAACGCCAAAUUUGACAGGGACCUGGAGUUUCCUCAUUACUGGACAGAAGUGCUCUCGCCCGCUACACACAAGUACGUUCCGGUGGAUGUGAUCGUUAAGAACAUUGUGGGCACAAACCGGGAUCUCAUUGAGUCUCUUGGACCCAGGGGCGCCAAGGCAGACAAAGCUAAGCAAGUCAUGGCCUACGUGGUGGGCUUCAGUCAGGACGGCACAGCCAAGGACGUCACCGUCAGAUACCUCAAGGGGCAACUGUUCCCUGGUAGGACGAAAGGCACAAGAAUGCCACUGGAGAAGAUCCCAGUCUACAACAAGAAUGGGAAGGUUAAGCGCUAUGAUCAUUUCGACUGGUUCAAAUCUGUUCUGCGCGCGUACACACGAGGCGGCGAGAACCACCCUCUGACAGAAGUUGACUACGACGAAGACGCCACUGACUUGAAGAUAGCACAACCUGCGAAGAAAGAAGUGAAAGAGGGCGAGGAAACCCUGCAGUACUUCAAAUCUUCGAAAGAAUUUGUCUUGGAACGUCAUCUGAAACGCGAGGAAGCAUUGUUGCCCACAGCUAAGGCUGUGAGAUACUUCAAGAACAAGGGCAAGAAGGGAGACGGCGAAGAAGAGCCUGUGUAUCUCCGGAAGGACGUCGUGCCAGUGAAGAGCGAGGAGACAUGGCACAAGCAAGGCAGGGCGCCUAAACCUGGAGCACAGCCGUUGAAGCGGGCACCAUUCAGAGCCGCGACGACAAACCGGAGACGUGAGCUCGCAGAGGCGGAGGCAGCAGCUGGCCACAAGGUCCUUCAGGGGCUUUACAGCCAGGACCAAACAGACUGGAUCAUCCCCCCUCCGAUUCAGAACGGCAUCAUCCCGAAGAACCAAUAUGGAAAUAUUGACCUCUUCGUUGAACACAUGCUUCCAGAAGGUGCAGCACACGUGCCGUACCGAACAGCGAUACGUGUUUGCAGGCGGCUCGAGAUUGACUUCGCCGAAGCAGUCGUGGACUUUGAAUUUGGGCAUCGAAUGGCUGUGCCUGUGAUCCAGGGCGUCGUCAUACCCGAAGAACAUUAUGACCGUGUCAUGGAGGAGGUUGCGAAGGAAGAGGCCGAAAAGGCCCGGAAAGAAGACGAAAAGCGCCGCAAGGUUGUCCUAGGUGCGUGGCGGAAACUUCUGAUGGGAAUGCGGAUCGCUGAGAGGGUGCGGCGCGAGUAUGGGCAUUUGAAGGACACGUUUCAGGCCUUUGGCCACAGCCGGGAUGAUGGCCAGGAUGUGCCGACUGUUGAAAAUGAUGCGGUCGACGGCGAGGACAUGGCGGGCGGCUUCUUGCCUGGUGGCUUCGACAACGAGGAGGAAGAGGCGGAGGCAGAAGACCGCGGGGGCUUCCACAAGUCCAGCUUCUUUCCUGCUAUCGAGGAUGAGGAGGAUGGCGGAGACGAAGGAGAUGCGAGACUGGUGAUCGAGGAUGGCGGUGCGACGACAGCGCGAGCGGCUUCGCCGGCGUCACAGUCAGGCGAGACCUCGCCCCAGAGACGGGCUCCUCAGCGCAGAACAAGGCAGAGGAGGCGAAUGUCUUCUUCUGAAGAAGAGGAGGAAGAAGAAGAAGAUGAGGAUACAGGUUCUGAUGACGACUAUGAGGAAUGA